AUGGGUGUGGUUGGCUUCUUGAGUACAGGUGACCAGGCAGCUAAAGGGAAUUACGGUUUGCUGGACCAGAUCCAGGCUCUGCGUUGGACCAGUGAGAACAUCGCAGCCUUCGGCGGCGACCCGUUACGUAUCACCGUGUUCGGCUCGGGCGCCGGAGCUUCCUGUGUCAACCUGCUCACUCUGUCUCACUACUCCGAGGGAAACCGCUGGAGCAACUCCACCAAAGGACUGUUCCAGAGGGCCAUCGCCAUGAGCGGCACAGCUCUGUCCAGCUGGGCUGUCAGUUUUCAGCCAGCCAAGUAUGCCCGGAUGCUGGCCCGUAAGGUGGGCUGUAACUUGGAGGACACUGUAGAGCUUGUGGGGUGCCUUCAGAGAAAACAUUACAAGGAGUUGGUGGAUCAAGACAUCCAGCCGGCCCGCUACCACAUCGCCUUUGGACCUGUUAUUGAUGGAGACGUUAUACCUGAUGACCCUCAGAUACUCAUGGAGCAAGGUGAGUUCCUCAACUACGAUAUUAUGCUGGGAGUUAACCAGGGCGAGGGCCUUAAGUUUGUGGAGCUUAUCGUGGACAACGAAAAUGGCGUUCAGGCUAACGACUUUGACUACGCCGUGUCCAGCUUUGUGGAUGACCUCUAUGGCUACCCAGAGGGUAAAGACAUCCUCCGAGAGACUAUCAAGUUCAUGUACACAGACUGGGCUGAUAGGCACAACCCGGAGACCCGCCGGAAAACACUGCUGGCCCUUUUCACCGAUCACCAGUGGGUGGCACCGGCCGUCGCCACAGCUGACCUGCACUCCAGCUUCGGGUCACCGACAUACUUCUAUGCCUUCUACCACCACUGUCAGACAGAACAGGUACCGCCGUGGGCAGACGCAGCACAUGGAGAUGAGAUCCCGUAUGUGUUUGGCCUACCAAUGAUUGGACCAACAGAGCUGUUUCCCUGCAACUUCUCCAAGAAUGACGUGAUGCUCAGUGCCGUAGUCAUGACCUACUGGACAAACUUUGCUAAAACAGGGGAUCCUAACCAGCCUGUCCCCCAGGACACCAAGUUCAUCCACACCAAGCCCAAUCGCUUUGAAGAAGUGGCAUGGACACGCUACAACCAGAAAGACCAGCUUUACUUACACAUUGGCCUGAAACCCCGUGUCAAAGAGCACUACCGUGCCAACAAGGUCAACUUGUGGUUGGAGCUGGUUCCUCAUCUGCACAGCCUCAACGAGGUCACCCAACUCAUCCCCACCACCACCAAGAUCCCUCCACCGGAGGCUACCAAUCGCACACCGAAUACUAAGGCUAUGGUGACCAAGCGCCCUAACCCGACUCCUUUCCCUACCGAGACCCAGGACAGCCACAUCCAGCCACACCUGGUGGACCAGCGUGACUACUCUACUGAGCUGUCUGUGACCAUUGCUGUAGGUGCUUCCCUGCUCUUCCUCAACAUUCUGGCCUUCGCUGCCCUUUACUACAAGAAGGACAAGCGCCGGCAUGAUGUCCACAGGCGCUGCAGCCCCCAACGGAGCGCUGCCAAUGACCUGGCUCACACUCAGGAGGAGGAGAUCAUGUCCCUGCAGAUGAAGCAGCACUCGGAUCUGGACUGCAGGGGAGUGGGCGACUCCCUCCACCCACACGACGUGGUGCUGAGGACUGCCUGUCCGCCGGACUACACUCUGGCGAUGAGGCGCUCACCGGACGACAUCCCGCUUAUGACACCAAACACCAUAACCAUGAUCCCCAGCACCAUGGGGGGGCUCACCUCGCUCCACUCUUUCAACACCUUCCCUAGCAGCGGGCAGAAUAACACCCUGCCCCACCCGCACCCACACUCACACUCCACCACCCGGGUAUAGCCCGGUGGAAGCACCCACGCAGGCAGGACUCUGAUGGCUGAGCCAAAACGCCACUGCUGCAGCAGAGACAUUAGGCCGACAUGCUGACAACCACAGAUAUGUCAGGAGCUGAAACGCCAGCCUGGAAUUGCGAGACACCAAUGGAAUUACACUGGGAUUGUACAACACCCUGUUAAUACCUGAGGGAAUAUAGUCAAGGGAUUUCUGGGGGUUUGGACCAGAUGAAAAAAAAAAAGAAUAAAUAUGUUUUUGUAGAAAAAUAAAAGACAAGAAUAAAAAAGUACAAAUAAGGAGUUGAAGAAAAACAACUUCACA